AGCCUGCCGCCAUGUCUUCUUCUAGGGCGAGCGCUAGAGUCGAGGACACGUACGAAGCGCAGAAUGACCAGCGACUAGACGAGUUACAUUCCAAAAUCAGGACUUUGCGCGGUGUCACGACGGACAUCCAUGACGAUGUAGAACGGCAGAAUUUGAUGCUGGAUGAUACGAGCAAUGCCUUCUCGUCCUUUGGUUCUUCUCUAGCGGACUCAGGGCGCAGGGCAGCCCACGCGUUUGGUCUUGGCUCAGGAGGUGUAAAGCAAUGGCGUCUUAUCUUCUACUGCCUAGUAUUCUUGGUUGGCCUAUGGUUAACAUGGAAGAUUGUGUGGUAUUGGUUUUUCUCGAGCUAAGGGUGGAUAUAGUGUUCAAUUAUACCCCAUACAGUAUGUCCGUAUACCUCGAUCCUCCUCGCCAUUUGCAUCGACUAUCAUAAUUACCGUCAGGCCUUCGCUUAGUUGUGCUUUGUACUUAUCGCCAUGGACAUUCGAUCAAUCUAUAUUACUCGCAUUCUGCUCCUUC